GUGGCCAAUGGAGGAGAGGAGGAAUGGAACCAUGCCUGGAGGCACUACACCAAGACCAAUUUGGCUAGUGAGAAGACCGCAAUGUUGUCAGCCAUGGCUUGUACUGAAGAAGUUUGGCUUCUCAGCAAGUAUCUGGGGAUGACAUUCGAGAAGAAUUCGACGGUGAGAUCCCAAGACGCUGCCAGAGCAUUUGGAAACAUCGCCGGAUCAGUCAUUGGAAGGUCCCUGUCUUUCGACUAUUUGCUCAACAACUUUGUCUACCUGGAGGAAAAUUUCAACGCCGGAAUUUCAGCCAUGGACAGCUUCAUUAACCCAUUUGCCACCUUCAACACGCCAGCUGAAGCGGCCAGAAUGCGGGCAUUCAAAGAGGAAUACGAAAAUGACCUGGGGUCAGGAGCUCGGGCAGUGGACCAAGCCAUUGAAAGCAUCGAGAUCAACGCCCAAUGGAUGGCUGCUCAUGAGGCCACUGACAGGCAGAAUAUAAGUGCCAUGCAGUUUGCCUCAGGUGUGUUUAUUCUUUUGCUCCCCUGGACUUUGUCCACUUUGAACCUAUCAUUGGCACAACGGAUCCCCACUCAUCUCAAGCCUAUCCACUACAACAUCAGGCUCUUCCCCAGCUUUGAGACCUUUCUAAUAGAUGGCAGAGUCAGCAUUGAAUUGAAGAGCAUGUCACCCAGCAGGAAUGUCACUUUGCAUGCAGUUGACAUCUCAGGGAUAACAGCAGAAACCGUCAGUUUUUGUACUGACUCUGGAAAUUGUACCAAGGUCAAUGAGGUGACCUAUGAAUCUGCUGGUAGCUUCAUGAUUUUCCACCUGGAUCAAGAAACUGAAGUUGAUGUCACAUAUGUGCUGGAGAUCCCAAAUUUUCAAGCUGAGCUUAAUAACAAGCUGAAGGGUUUUUACAGAAGUAGUUACCGACAUGGUGAUGAAACCAGAUGGAUGGGAGCAACUCAGUUUCAAACAGCAGAUGCAAGGAGAGCAUUUCCAUGUUUAGAUGAACCUGGCCUGAAGGCAACAUUCAAGGUGACCCUGGGGAGGAAAGCAACUGAUGGAUGGUCCUCACUUUCUAACAUGGACAUUCUCUCAACCACACCCAUUGAAGGACAAGAUGGUUUUGUAUGGGAUGAAUACCACACAUCAGUGCAAAUGUCCACAUAUUUGGUGGCCUUUGUGGUGUCUCAAUUUGAGUUUGUGCAAAGCCCACUGGACAGCAGAGUAAAGGUUUGGACAAGGCCAGACAUGAUCAACAGAGCAAGCUUUCCAGCCAUUGAAGCAGCCAAGGUGCUCCAAUCCUUUGAAGAAGUGUUUGGCAUCAACUAUGCUCUUCCAAAAAUUGACCUCAUUGCAUUGACUGAUUUUCCUUAUGGUGCAAUGGAAAAUUGGGGUUUAGUGACAUUCAGAGAAGCAUACCUAGUCCUGGAUGCAGAAAACAAAACAGCUUCAGCAAAAGCAGCAAUGGAUGUCAUAUCCAUAAUUUCUCAUGAAUUGGCUCAUCAGUGGUUUGGGAACUUGGUGACACCUGGAUGGUGGAACGAUUUGUGGCUCAGUGAAGGAUUUGCUUGCUAUUUUGAUUACAUAGCCAGCAAAAAGGUGAGACCAAACUGGAGUCUUAUGGAAAUGUUCAUAGUCGCUGAAACUCAGGAUGACUUGCGACAAGAUUCAUUCCCUUCUGCAAAUCCAGUAUAUGCAGAUUUUGAUUCGCAUCAAGGAUCAGACAACCUCAAUGUUUGCAAAGGUUCUCCUCUGAUGCACAUGCUUAGAAGUGAACUUGGACCAGAGACAUUCCAGAAGGGAAUCAACAAAUACCUGGAAAAGCAUCAAUUUGGAAAUGUUCAGACCAGCUUUCUGUGGUCAGAAUUGCAAGAUGCAGCAGAGCAAGACCAGGUUUCAGUUGAGGGACACACUGUUGCUGAUAUAAUGACAGGUUGGGUUGCUCAACCUGGGUCCCCUGUUGUCACUUUUACAAGGAACUCUGACAACUCAGCAACUAUAAAUCAGACAAGGUUUUUGCUGGAUGUCAAAAUUCAUAAAGAAAACAAACAAGAGGAACCACCUAUCUGGUUUGUUCCUUUAAACUUCAAUGCAAAAUCAGAGGAUUUCCAAAAUCUCAAAGCAAGCAUGUGGUUGACCCAAGAGAACCCUGCAAUCCUCCUCACUGCUGAGGACCUUCCAAGUGGUAUUCCAUCCUGGGCCCCAGAUGUCAAUAGCAACAAUUGGAUUAUCCUGAAUCCUAAGCAAGCAGGGCUGUUCAGGGUGAAUUAUGAUGAGCAGAGUUGGACAAUGAUCAAUAACCAACUCCAAAUGAACUAUUUGGAAAUCCCAGCAGAAAACAGGGCACAGGUGCUGGAUGAUGCCUUCAAGUUGGCUCAAGCAGGAUUGUUAUCUUAUCAAACAGCUCUUACUCUGACAGAAUAUCUUGUCGAAGAACAGUCCUAUCUACCAUGGAGAGCUGUUGUCAACAACUUGAACUACCUAGAUGCCCGCAUGCUUUCUUCAAAUGCGUAUCCUCUUUAUAAGAGCUACAAGCAACAUUUGCUGGAGCAGCAUUACAAGCCACUUCCAUCCAUAACAAACACACCCUCCAAUUAUGAUGACAUAGAUGUACUGAAUGUGUUUCAAGAUGCCUUGAUUCAAAAAAGUGCUUGUGAGGUUGAUUUCCCAGCAUGCAGCACUGAUGCCAGCAACCAGUACAAGAGCUGGAUGGAAAAUUAUGAAAGCCUAGAGGACCCUGACACCCCUGUCUUUGAUCCAAAUGUGAAAUCAAUCAUUUAUUGUCAUGGUGUGAAGAAUGGAAAUGCUCCUGAAUGGGAGCAAGCAUGGAAACACUUUUCAAGGUCUCAAAUUGCAGCAGAGAAAAAUGAGAUGCUUUCUGCCAUGGCUUGCACCGAAAAUGAAGAUCUUUUGAACAGUUACAACACAGGCGUAUACAGAAUAAGUAACUUCGUCCAACCUUUCGGAUCAGCGCUGAGCACUGUUGAAGAAGCAGAAGAGAUCCUGAGGCUCGCCGAAAGUCACUCAACUCAAUUGGGGAAUCAAAUCGUGACAUUCGAACAAACUGCUGAAUCAAUUUUGAUCAAUGCCAAAUGGUUCGCCAACUACGAACCUGUCGUGGCUUCGUGGUUGCAAUCAAAACAUUUCUCAAGUAAACAAGUUGGAAAUAUUGUCUUAGUUGACAUUUAGAAAUCAAAACUGAUUGGCUCAGUUGAAGAGCAUCAUCGAUGGAAUCUUUUUUUCUUUCAGCCUGUGUCGAAAAAAAAAGGGAAGGAAGAAUUUUAGGCGGCGUGUGAGAAUUAUUUAAAAUUUAAAUUCAGUCUUCGAUUAAGACAUCGGUUCAAAAGAAUCGCAUUUUCUGGAGGGAUUAUUCAAAAUUCAAAUUUCAAGACAGGUGUGAUGAUACAAAUCGAAGCGGAUAAAGGUCAUCAAACAAGGCUUCCCAGAUUUUUUGUUUCAUUUUUCAGCUGAAAAUUGCAACUAAAUGUCAAGCUAUAUGUAACCUAUUGAUUACAUAUUCCGUUGCAAACCACAUUCAUGCAAUUAACCCGCUCACCUUCUUUCCAAAAAUUCAGAAAAAUUGUUCAGACGUGACCACGUGAAUCCUAAUUAAGACACGCACACGUAAAUCAGUACUCUUCACUUUUUUGAAUUACCAUUUCAUUUAUUAUGCUAGCCAUACUUCAUAUAGUUCAAAGAAUACGCGC